CAGGUCCGCGCUGAACAGGGUCAUAUAAAAGACAGAAUCUUUCGGCCCUGUUUAGCUCAGCAGGAAGAAUCUGAUCAAACGGAUUUAAAUCUGAGUUAAAAACAGAAGUGGAUUUAGUGUUUGUAGCGGAAUUUUAUAGAUAAUCAUGUCUAAACAGGCUCAGCCGAUCAGUCCGGGGAAGAAUUUCCUGGCCGGUGGGUUUGGAGGAGUGUGUCUGGUGUUCGCAGGUCAUCCGCUCGAUACCAUCAAGGUACGUUUGCAGACUCAGCCCAAACCCGGACCAGGUCAGUCGAUGUUUUACUCCGGAACCUUCGACUGCUUUAGAAAGACCCUUGCCAAGGAGGGAGUGAAGGGUUUGUAUAAAGGCAUGGCCGCGCCCAUUAUUGGAGUCACUCCGAUGUUCGCUGUGUGUUUCUUCGGUUUCGGUCUCGGCAAGAAGCUGCAGCAGAAAAGUCCGGACGACAUUUUAUCCUAUCCUCAGCUGUUUGCAGCAGGUAUGCUCUCAGGUGUGUUUACUACAGCCAUCAUGGCUCCUGGAGAGAGAAUCAAAUGCCUCCUGCAGAUCCAGGCGGCCUCGGGUGAGAUUAAAUACGCCGGCCCGAUGGACUGUGUGAAGCAGCUGUACAGAGAGAGCGGGAUCAGAGGAGUGUACAAGGGAACGGCGCUGACACUCAUGAGAGACGUACCUGCCAGCGGGAUGUACUUCAUGACGUAUGAGUGGCUGAAGAACGUCCUCACCCCAGAGGGUAAAAGCCAUAAUGAACUGAGCGUGCCCAGUGUGCUGUUUGCCGGCGGUAUGGCGGGAAUCUUCAACUGGGCGGUCGCUAUUCCACCCGACGUCCUCAAGUCCCGAUUCCAGACAGCUCCGGAGGGAAAGUACCCGAACGGUUUCCGAGAUGUUCUGAGAGAGCUGAUCAGAGAAGAGGGCGUGGCCUCACUUUAUAAAGGUUUCACAGCAGUCAUGCUCCGAGCGUUCCCCGCUAAUGCUGCCUGCUUCCUCGGCUUCGAACUGGCCAUGAAGUUCUUAAACUGGGUUUCCCCAAGUCUGUGAUCUACACCCGAGAAUGUGAAUGUUUCUGCCACACACACACACACACACACACUUGAAGGAACUGUUAAAUCGGCCCCGUGCUGCAUCAGAAACAAACCGCCAGUCAUGUGAUUUCUUUUAUUUUAGUUUGAUGAUGUUGAUUUGUAGGCGUGUUGAAGAGGAGUGACGCUGUGCCUUAUCACACCGGCUGGGAACAAACCAGUGUGGGUUCUAUUCUCAGUACAUGAAGCUCACAUCAGAUUCGGAUGAAGAAUCAGUAGCACUGAUACACACACACACACAGUGGCGCUAAUACACAGUAAUAAUCCCAAUACUGUUCAGUACUGUUCAGGUCUCUCGUUCUGAUCAGCCUCUGCUCCUGUUCUGAGGUGAAUGUUGUUCACAUCUCAUCUUCAUCUGUAUAAUAAACAGAUUGUUUAGGA